CGGGGUCCCGGCCGGCGGGGCGGCACGGAGCCCGCCGCCGUUGUUGGUGGUGCUGCUGUUGCUGCCGGGGAGGCGCGGGGCUCGGGCCGCUCUGGAUGGUGGUUAAAAUGAUCAUAGAAAACUUCGAGGCGCUGAAAUCCUGGCUCAGCAAAACGUUGGAGCCCAUAUGUGAUGCAGAUCCAUCUGCCCUAGCUAAAUAUGUUCUGGCUUUGGUAAAGAAGGAUAAAAGUGAAAAGGAGCUGAAGGCAUUGUGUGUUGAUCAGCUGGAUGUAUUUCUUCAGAAAGAAACUCAGAUAUUUGUGGAAAAACUGUUUGAUGCUGUGAAUACAAAAAGCUAUCUACCUCCACCAGAACAGCCAUCAUCAGGAAGCCUAAAAGUAGAGUUCUUUCAGCACCAGGAGAAAGAGACAAAAAAGGAAGAGAUUGUUAAAGAGGAAGAGCGAGAAAAGAAGUUCUCCAGAAGACUAAAUCACAGCCCUCCUCAGUCAAGUUCGCGCUACAGAGAUACCAGAAGCCGCGAUGAAAGGAAAAAAGAUGAACGUUCUCGGAAGAGAGAUUAUGACCGAAAUCCUCCCAGAAGAGAUUCCUACAGGGAUCGAUAUAACAGAAGAAGAGGGAGAAGUCGAAGCUACAGCAGGAGUCGAAGCAGGAGCUGGAGCAAAGAGAGACUGCGGGACAGGGAUCGAGACCGGAGCAGAAGCCGAAGUAGAACACGAAGCAGAGGUACCAACAGUUGGUCUCUAAAAUACGAAAGGGACUUGGGAAAGCCAAAAUAUGAUAUGGAUAGAACAGAUCCAUUAGAAAACAAUUAUACUCCAGUUUCUUCUGUAACAAAUAUUUCAUCUGGCCACUAUCCUGUCCCUACACUGAGCAGCACUAUUACUGUUAUUGCUCCUGCUCAUCAUGGAAAUAACACUACUGAAAGCUGGUCGGAAUUCCAUGAAGAGCAGCUGGACCACAACUCCUAUGGAAGACCUCCACUGCCAAAGAAACGCUGUAGAGAUUAUGAUGAAAAGGGUUUCUGUAUGAGAGGAGAUAUGUGCCCUUUUGAUCAUGGAAGCGAUCCAGUAGUGGUAGAAGAUGUGAAUCUUCCUGGCAUUCUGCCUUUUCCAGCACAACCCCCUGUUGUUGAAGGACCACCUCCUCCUGGACUUCCUCCCCCUCCACCAAUUCUGAGUCCUCCUCCUGUUAACCUUAGACCUCCAGUACCACCACCAGGCCCCUUACCACCUAGCCUUCCACCUGUAACAGGACCACCCCCUCCUCUUCCCCCACUGCAGCCUGCUGGCAUGGAUGCUCCCCCAAAUUCAGCAACUAGCUCAGUUCCUACUGUUGUUACAACGGGUAUUCAUCACCAGCCGCCUCCUGCUCCACCCUCUCUUUUUACAGCAGGUGUAGUACUGAGGCUUUGCCCACAAGAAACGUAUGACACAGAUGGCUAUAAUCCAGAAGCUCCAAGUAUAACAAACACUUCCAGACCUAUGUAUAGACAUAGAGUACAUGCUCAAAGACCAAAUUUGAUAGGACUCACAUCAGGUGAUAUGGAUCUACCACCCAGAGAAAAACCUCCUAAUAAAAGCAGUAUGAGAAUAGUGGUAGAUGCUGAAUCCAGGAAAAGAACAAUUGGUGCAGGAGAUGGUGGAGUUCCUACAAAGAAGACUUGGUUUGACAAGCAAAAUUUUAACAGAACAAAUAGCCCAGGUUUCCAGAAGAAAGUACAGUUUGGAAAUGAAAACACAAAACUUGAAUUGAGGAAAGUUCCUCCAGAACUUAACAAUAUCAGCAAACUUAAUGAGCACUUCAGUAAAUUUGGAAAUUUGGUCAACUUGCAGGUUGCAUAUCAAGGUGAUCCAGAAGGUGCCCUUAUUCAGUUUGCCACACAUGAGGAAGCCAAGAAAGCGAUAUCAAGUACAGAAGCAGUAUUAAAUAAUCGUUUUAUCAAAGUUUACUGGCAUCGAGAAGGAAGUGCACCACAAAUCCAAACUACUGCACAGAAGGUAAUACAACCCUUAGUUCAACAACCGAGUUUACCAGUAGUGAAACAAUCAGUCAAGGAGCGAUUAGGUCCAGUACCUGCAAGUAAUAUUGAACCUACGGAAGCACAGAGUGCCAAUACAGAAGUCACUCAGAAUGUGACUAAAUUAUCUGUGAAGGAUAGACUGGGUUUUGUGUCAAAGCCAGUUACUCCAGCAACUGAAAAGGUUUUAUCCACUUCUACUGGCUUGACAAAAACUGUGUACAACCCUGCUGCUUUGAAGGCAGCACAGAAAUCUUUGCCUGUUGUUUCCACUUCCGUGCUAGACUCUAAUGAAGCACAGAAGAAAAAACAGGAAGCACUGCGACUUCAACAAGAUGUGAGAAAAAAGAAGCAAGAAAUCUUAGAGAAGCACAUUGAAACCCAAAAGAUGCUGAUUUCAAAGCUUGAGAAAAAUAAAGCCAUGAAGUCAGAAGACAAAGCAGAAAUCAUGAAAACACUGGAGAUUCUAACUAAUAGCAUUACCAAGUUAAAAGAUGAAUUAAAAGGUGUAUCAUCAGGAGGAGGGACUCCUCUAAAAAGCAUGAAAACUAAGACUCAGAUGCAGAAAGAGUUACUAGAUACUGAACUGGAUUUAUACAAGAAGAUGCAAGCUGGGGAGGAAGUUACUGAAUUAAGACGGAAAUACACAGAGCUGCAGCUGGAAGCUGCCAAACGAGGAAUUCUUUCUUCAGUUCGUGGUAGAGGGGUCCAUGCAAGAGGUCGAGGUGCAUCACGUAGCAGAGGUAGAGGAAUACGUGGACGGGGUCGAGGCAGAGGAGUUCCCGUACAUGCUGUUGUGGAUCAUCGACCAAGGGCAUUAGAAAUUUCUGCGUUUACAGAAAGUGAUAGAGAAGACCUUCUUCCUCAUUUUGCGCAAUACGGUGAAAUUGAAGAUUGCCAGAUAGAUGACUCUUCACUCCAUGCAGUGAUUACCUUUAAAACAAGAGCAGAAGCUGAAGCUGCUGCAAUCCAUGGGUCUCGGUUUAAAGGACAGGAGUUAAAGUUGGCAUGGAACAAGCCUGUUGCUAGUAUGUCAGCUGUUGAAACAGAAGAAGCUGAGCCUGAUGAAGAAGAAUUUCAGGAAGAAUCUUUGGUGGAUGACUCUCUUCUUCAAGAUGAUGACGAAGAGGAGGAGGAUAAUGAAUCUCGUUCAUGGAGAAGAUGAUUCAACUGACCGAUGACAGUGCUAGAACUGCACCUGUGUUGCAUUAGUAUUACCUAAUGUACUUCUGCAUCUUUGUAUUAAAAGGGGUUUUGUGAUGAAGUUGAAUUCGGAUAUAGACUAAAAAGAAGCUGAUCAGUUACACGUUUUGAGAGAUUGAUGUUUGAAUUACAUUUCAGUAAAUGGUUGCUAAAGACAUCAUACUAGGAACAUAUGCAAUGUUUUUAUUACAUAGUUCUACAGAAAGUUACAGAAUUCUUUGGGUUCUUUGUAAUUUACUGAAUUGGUCAAGCACAAAUGACCAGAAGUUGUUAUAACAUAGAUAAUUUUUGUUCUAUUCCAGAUACGGAAUGAAAAUUUGCAUUUAAAAUCUUUGUGAAUGUUUUCAGAAAUGAAUAGAUAACAGUACUAAACUGAAGUCUCUAAAGUUAUGUAUUCAUAAUAUUGCAUAGUAGUAUGCUUAGGCUUUACUAUGUACUAGCCUUUUGUUGGAUUUGUGUACGUAUUUUACCUAUGGGUUUUAAUGAUAAAGUGUAUGACUGCUUUGCAUAUAAGUCCUUAUGACUUUAAGAUGUUAAAAAAUAAAUAAAUGGAAUGGUCUUCAAAAAAAAAAAAAAAAAGAAAAAGAAAAAAAAAAGCAAUAACCAAAAAAGAUAAGGCAAUGGUCCUUCAUAAUGGAAAAAAAAAAAAGAAAAGAAAAGAAAAAAAAAAAAGAAAAGAAAAAAGACCAUUUCAAAUGGCAACCCCACCCCCAUUCUCACAAAAAGAGCUCUAAUCACUUUCACAUUAAAAUAGUGUUGAAUAUAAAAGAAAA